GAGGAAGGGAGAGGAAGGUGACUGUCCCACAACAUUGCUUUGCAGCAGCAAAGUUCUUUCUUCUUCUGCUUUAAUUACUUCUCUCGUACUCCUCAGAAACAAUUUUUGGUAGGACAAGCCAAUAGAAAUGAACAAAAAUAAAAGAAGAGGAAGACCAAGUCUCUAAAAAUUCCAGAUCCCUCCUCACUUUCUCGAAUCUUUCCCUGGUUUCGCAGAAAAAAACCGCUUUUCAGCGCCGUGAAACCAGUUUCGCUGUUCGAGAUCUCUUCUCCUCUGUAUUAACGUCGGCAAUCCUGUGUUGAUUUAUAUCUAUUUAGGGUUUUACUCAAAAGUUCGCUCGAUAUGACUUCAGGAGAGCUUCUCAGCAUUGAACCUCAAGAGCUUAAGUUCCCUUUCGAACUGAAGAAGCAGAUCUCAUGUUCACUUCAGUUAUCAAAUAAGUCGGAGAAUUAUGUUGCUUUCAAGGUGAAGACGACGAAUCCAAAGAAGUAUUGUGUUCGGCCAAACACCGGAAUUGUUUUGCCUCGAUCUACUUGCGAUGUGAUAGUUACGAUGCAAGCACAGCGGGAGGCUCCCCCUGACAUGCAAUGUAGGGACAAGUUUCUCCUUCAGAGCGUAGUCGCUGGUCCUGGAGCUACUGCAAAGGACAUUACACCGGAAAUGUUUAACAAAGAGUCAGGUAAUCAAGUCGAGGAGAGCAAAUUGAGAGUUGUUUAUGUUUCUCCUCCUCAACCACCAUCGCCUGUUCCAGAAGGAUCCGAGGAAGGUUCUUCACCUAGAGCUUCUGUAUCAGACAAUGGAAACAUGAAUGCUCCUGAAUUCACUGCUGUUUCUAGAGCACAUGCUGAGCCUCAAUCUCAGGCUUCAAGAGGAUACACUGAGUCUCAAGACAGAUCUUCGGAGGUAAAAGCUCUGAUUUCAAAAUUGAGUGAGGAGAAAAAUGCAGCAAUUCAAAAUAAUAACAAACUUCGUCAGGAACUGGAACUCUUGAGGCGUCAAGGUAGCAAGAGCAGCAGUGGUAUCCCAUUCCUGUAUGUUGUGAUUGUUGGCUUGGUGGGCCUUCUUUUGGGUUAUCUUUUGAGGAAGACAUGACCAACUAUUGGGUGAUGAUCUUUGCCAAAUUCUCCCCUGAUUUUUUAUUUCCGUCUCCCCCAAACCGUAAAAAAAAGAACCAGAAGAAAGUGAAAAUGACAGGUGAUGUUUUUUUUAGUUGUAUUAACUGUUUUUGGCAUUAGAUGAAACAUGCUGAAGCAGGGUUGAUGGGUUUGUAAUUCUUAAAGCAGGAACUGCGAAAAUGGCUUGUCUGACUCCUGCUUUGUUGACAUGCCUUCUUUUGUUAACUCAACAAGGUUUAUGCUUCUUAUUCUUA